UCGAAUUCUAUUAUAAAAUUACUCUUAUUUUUCGUAUUAAAAAAAGGAAUAAAGAAACGAAGACUAAUUAUUAAUUAUAAAAGACUUAACGAAAUUGUAAAAAAGAAUUACUAUCUUUUAUUAUUUAUUACUAAGCUUAGAGAUCUAUUUUACAGAGCUAACUAG